UCUCCACUUCCUUCUUGCGGAAAGCAGGCUGAGCUCCUUAUUUCUCUGGCAGGGUUGUAUUGUGACCGGAGAGGACAUGCAGAGCAGAAACAGCGCUCACUCUCACUGAGGAGCUACAGGUGCACACUCAGCCUGCUGGGAUUUUACUGUCGGACACACUGGACACGGACCGACCUGAGACUGAUGUUUGGUGUCAAAACAGUCCUACAACUGGUAAUGCGCUCCGUGUAGACACCUCCUCAACUCAGCGAGUGGAUGCGUCCCAUCUGGGACCGAGGCAACAUGUGGGGGGACACUACACUAGCCCUGGCUGCGACGAUUCUACUGCCCUGGAUUCUUCCUUGCAAAAGUCAGUCUGCACCAGGAAGGCCCAAACUCACAAGCUGUCGCUCUCCUGAGAAGGAAACCUUCACCUGCUGGUGGGAGCCAGGGUCCACUGGAGGUUUGCCCACUACCCACCGGCUGUUCUACAGAAAAGAAAGAUCUGAGAAGGUGCUUGAAUGUCCAGACUACCACAGCGCCGGGAACAACUCAUGUUUCUUCAACAAAGCCCACACAUCCAUAUGGGUCAUUUAUAAUAUUACAGUUAUAGCCUCUAAUACCUAUGGGGACACCUUUUCAGAGUCUGUGGAGGUGGAUGUCAUGGAUAUUGUCCAGCCUCACUCUCCAGAGAAUGUGACUUUGACAGUGCUGGGAGCGGAGGACAACCCGUAUUUUCUGGUGCAGUGGGAGGCCCCGCAUGACACAGACACUCGUUCAGGCUGGGUAACUCUCAAAUAUGAAGUACGAGUGAAACUGGAGAAUAGCAGGCUGGAGCAGGCCAGCGAGUGGGAGGUGUAUAGUGCUGGCAAACAAAAGGAGCUGAGCAUCUACAGCCCACAGCCUGGAGGAAGGUAUGCUGUACAAGUGCGCUGUAGACUAGAUCAAGGCAGCUGGAGUGAAUGGAGUCCUGCAACUUUUAUCAAAGUCCCAAAUAACUACCUAAAAGAGAGGUCCGUUGUGAUCUUCAUAGCCACAGUCAGUGCCUUCAUUUUCCUCGUCACUAUUGGAACACUAACGGUCAAAAGAGAACAUGUUAAGCAUUGCUUACUGCCCCCUGUUCCAGGGCCAAAGAUCAAAGGCUUUGAUGCCCAACUCCUGAAGACAGAGAAGUCAGAAGAUCUAUUCAGUGCCCUGACCGCCCAAGGAUUCCCUCCAACUGCAGAAUGCCCUGAUCAGGUAGAUUAUCUAGUGGUGGUGGACAGUGAAGAGAACAGCGAGGAGUUUGGAAGUACCACAUCUCAGGAACAUCAAAAGAAAGACCACCUUUCUUCAGAUCCUGAAGAUGGAGUACGCUUCGAUAACUUAUGCACCGUGAAGGAGCUAAACAUCAUUCAAACUGAUACAUGCAAAAGACCAGCUGUUGUACAUGACAGGCAGGAUUGUGACACUAAAUCUACACCCGGAAUUUCACAAACUCUGACAGGGACUUUCUCUUCCCAACUAAAUAUCCAACACUCUAACUCAACAGUGCCUCAACAGGAGCUGGACCCUGACCAAGCUGGUUCUCAGAUCAAAUCUGAAUAUAGCUGUAUGUCCAGCUUUGAUCAGAAUAAUGCCAGCGUCAUUCCAAAUGGAUUUAUGGAGUACGUUGAAGAAAACGAGAGACAAGACUGUAAACUUACUUCCACAACAGAAGGAGGAGAAGGAGAGGACUACAGCAAAGUCAGUGGGGUUUAUAGUGACAGUGUGCUUGUGCUUCAAAAAGCCAGAGACCCCAUUCACAAACACAAAGAGAGGAACUGUGAUGAUCUACAUAAAAAGAUCAAGGGUGAAAAAACUCUCUCAGCUAAAGAUGUAGCAGAUACUCAGGACUAUGUAACCACUAUGUAGCCACUAUGUAGCGCUUUUGGUAUGAAAAAAAUUCCAACAACAUAUAGGCUAUGGGAAUGUUUUUCAUAUAAAAUCCUCAGUGCACAUGCCUAUUUAACAUGUUUGAGACGGUGUCAUUUAUAAAUGUAUCACUAAAAGAGUCUUAACUUACACUGAAAUAUUAAACUGUGCUCAGAUUUAGAUUUUAUGAAAACAUGAAAUGAAAGCAACACUUACUCUCAUAAGUAAUCUGCACACAGUUGGUUUCCUUUUUCAAAAGUUACAAAUAUGCAGUGGUGGACAGUAACAAAAUACAUGUACUUAAAUACUUUUUUAUGAAUAUCUGUACUUUAUUGAAGUAUUUCAUAUUUUUUGAUACUUUUACUUUCACUCCACUACAUUUAAAAGUAAAAUAUCCUACUUUUCUACUCCA